CUCAGCUCCUGCCGCCUCUGCCUCCCUCUCUCCACCAACUGCCCAGGAGCGAGCAGCUGCUCUCGGUCGGCCCCCCCCACCCCGACGGACGGAAGUGCGGACAGCCUGACAUCCCAGCCCGCCACCUAGCCGGCCUGCGCCUGGCCACUUCCCCUCCCCAGCGCUUCGCCAUCCAGCGGCAACUAGGCAGGGGCACAGGAGACCCUGCCCUGCCCUGCCCUGCCCUGCCCUGGAGAUUGCCAGCUGAGGGGAAGAAGAAGGGAAUCACCAUCCGGGUACCACGUCAACCAUGCGGCCCCUGUGGCUCCUCGCGGCUCUGCUGGCCCUGGGCCAGGCCCUGCCCUUCGAGCAGAAAGGCUUCUGGGACUUCGCCCUGGACGACGGGCUGCUCAUGAUGAAUGAUGAAGAGGCUUCGGGCGCCGAAAGCACCUCGGGCGUGCCUGACCUGGACGCCCUCACGCCCACCUUCAGCUCCAUGUGCCCUUUUGGGUGCCACUGCCACCUGCGGGUUGUUCAGUGCUCUGACCUGGGUCUGAAGACGGUGCCCAAGGAGGUGUCGCCUGACACCACGCUGCUGGACCUUCAGAACAACGACAUCUCCGAGCUCCGCAAGGAUGACUUCAAGGGCCUCCAGCACCUCUAUGCCCUCGUCCUGGUGAACAACAAGAUCACCAAGAUCCACGAGAAGGCCUUCAGCCCCCUGCGGAAGCUGCAGAAGCUCUACAUCUCCAAGAACCACCUGGUGGAGAUCCCGCCCAACCUGCCCAGCUCUCUGGUGGAGCUCCGCAUCCAUGACAACCGCAUCCGCAAGGUGCCCAAGGGCGUGUUCAGUGGGCUCCGCAACAUGAACUGCAUCGAGAUGGGUGGGAACCCCCUAGAGAACAGUGGCUUUGAACCUGGAGCCUUUGAUGGCCUGAAGCUCAACUACCUGCGCAUCUCAGAAGCCAAGCUCACUGGCAUCCCCAAAGAUCUGCCAGAGACCCUGAAUGAACUCCAUCUGGACCACAACAAAAUUCAAGCCAUCGAGCUGGAGGAUCUGCUCCGAUACUCCAAGUUGUACAGGUUGGGCCUGGGCCACAACCAGAUCCGGAUGAUUGAGAACGGGAGCCUGAGCUUUCUACCCACCCUGCGGGAGCUUCAUUUAGACAACAACAAGCUGUCCAGGGUGCCUGCUGGGCUGCCCGAUCUCAAGCUCCUCCAGGUGGUCUAUCUGCACUCCAACAACAUCACCAAGGUGGGUGUCAACGACUUCUGCCCCGUGGGCUUCGGGGUGAAGCGGGCCUACUACAACGGCAUCAGCCUCUUCAACAACCCCGUGCCCUACUGGGAGGUGCAGCCGGCCACCUUCCGCUGCGUCACUGACCGCCUGGCCAUCCAGUUCGGCAACUACAAAAAGUAGAAGCCGGAGCAGCUGCCAUGGUAGCCUCGCUGGGGUCUCUGGGGAGCGCGGCCAGAGGUCCUGAAGGAGGAAGGCAAAGCAAGGGAGCUCCUGCCUGGCUGCAUCCAACCCAGUGCCUCCCCUGUGUUCCCAGUUUACUGCCCCCUUGUGGCCUCUGUCUCCUGGGCCACUCUUCCUGAGAGUGGCUACAAGGCACGGGCCCCCUCGGCUGCCCAACUGCCCCCGCUCACGCACCACAGCCACUCAGAGGCGCCCCUGCCAAGCUUUCCCCCUCUCACCCUGAAAUCCACCUGUCCCAGGCGGCAGUCCUAGGAAAAUGGUCCUCCCGCUCUUCUAUCCAAGCUGGGCACUUUGCUCUAGUGGCCCCUAGACCAGCCUCUCUCUCUCUGUCUCUCGCCCUCGCCCUCGCCCUCGCCCUCGCCCUCGCCCUCGCCCUCGCCCUCUCUGUCUCUGUCUUGUGCUAGAUCUUUUCUGCUUUCUGGGUUUGCUAAUCUGUUCCCCUGCAUCUUUCUGGACCUGGCUUCAUUUUCUCUCUCUCACUCUCUCUUGCUCUCUCUGUCUCAGUCUCCCUCUUGCUCUCACACACACACCGUGAUCGACCCUUUGCCUUGUAGUGGUUCUGCUUUCUGUCUUCCUGGCCUCUGCCCAGCCCAGUCCAAGCCAGCCCGGGGGCAACUGCCUCCCCAGCCUCCCCUGCCCAUUCUUUGCCCUGAGCUCAGACAGCCUUGGAAGAGGUGGGAAGGUGGGGGCCCAACAUCCCGCCAGAGUCCCAAGCGAUGGUUCCCAUCGGCUGCCCCCCCACCCCGCCCGCCCCGCCAUGGUGGCAGAUCCUCCACCUCGUCUCUGGGCCCUGCUUGGUGGGAGGGAGCCUCACCCCCAGCUCGAUGAGGCCAUGCUUCUGAGGUCGGCUGUUGUCUUUCAAUUAAAGAAACACUGUGCAAGUGGGCUCCGUGUGCUGUAC